AAAAAAAAGGGGAGGGGGAAGGCGUGCACCCCGGGCCUCCCCAACCCCUUUCGUCAGGAGCAGGCACUGGUUAAGUUUGCUGUGGUAUCUGACGGUCCUGUUCUGCUUCCAGGGUGAGUGCUGACGAGGCUGACGAGGUGCUGACGAGGUGGGAAGCAGCUCCUGAAGGUAGUGUGAGAGAAGGUGGAUGGUGGCCGAGGGUGUGUCGCGUACCUGGAGGAGGAGCGCUACGUAAGGCGUGCAUCCCUGUGUCGCGGCUUGUCUCCUCGCCCGUCCCCUGCAGGCCCUGUGCGGCGGAGUGAGCGGGAAAGCCAGGCCUGUCCCCUUCUCGCCUCCUUCUCUGCAUCGCUGUGGGCGAGGGUGACGCAGGCAUCGCCGCCGCGGCCCCGCCCCAACCUCCCCGCCGCCCACCGCCACGCCGCCGCCGCCGCCGACCCAAAGGAGUCUUACGCCCACUGACGCAAGAUACGGCCCUGGCACACUGACCCGGACUCUGGAGCGCGUAGAGCUGCGGCAACCGCCUCCACACGGUGAGGGGACGCCCCCCCCUGCGGACACCAGUCCUGUCCGCCGCUCAACGCACGUUCCAAGCAUGGCGACCUGGGCCCCUGUCUUUCCUUUGCAGACCGGGACCACCGGUGCCAUAGUCAAGUCCGGGGAACUGGUGCCAUUCCACCACAUGGCAGACUCUGCCUCCGGCCUUCCUUGGUUCAUGACCGCCUCGCCGUCUUUCAGCACCUCCCAGCCUGCCUUCCAACGCUUCAGCCUCACCACGACCUGCCCCGCCUCCAAGAGGAACAGCUUUGCCUCACUGAUGGGGGGUUCCAACACCUGCAAACUGCCCGAGCUGGUGGUCAGUGAUGUGCUGGGUGUGGGUCUGCAGGUGCUGGACUUCACUAUGAGCUACAUGCCCACCUCUGUCCCCUACGUGCCAUUCCCGACCCCAUCACCUCCUCAGCCGCCCACAAUAAGUGUGGCCCCAGGCAGUGGCAGCAUUCCCUCUCCCAACUCAGCCAUCAUGACUUCAAUGGACCUCGACGACCCCAUCAACAAAGCUGUCAUGGACAACGUUCUUGGACGCCUCCCCACCAAGAAGCCAAAGGUUGCUGUGCGAUGUGAUGUCUGCAACUUAGAGUUUUUCUCACAAGCUGUUUUGGACUCCCAUUUAGUUGGGUCAAAGCAUCAACGCAAAGUCAAGUCAGCCGACCUCAUGAAGACACUGGAAGAGACGGAGAAAGGCUUUGAGCGCGAUGAAGUGAGUGGCGUGAUCCGCUGCAUCGUGUGUGACGUGACUGUCAACUCCCCACAGCUCCUGGCAACACACAUCGCAGGAAACAAGCACAAGCAGAGAGCAUCCAAGCGCUCCGGGGACUGCAGCAGCGCGCCGCCGGCCAAGAGAGCUUGCCCAGGGGUCACAGGCAUGGAGACAGCACCUAUAAGGAGCAGCAAUGGUGGGCCCCAAGCCCCCAACAGUGCAGACAGCAGCUCCAACCUGGAUAUUCCUGAGUGUGUUACCAAAUUGGAGGAAACAAAAGGAGGUGGAAAAUAUCUCUGUAAUCCAUGCCAGGCUCACUGUAACUCAGAGCAACAGUUGGCACAGCACCUGUCAUCACGAAAACACCAAGACAAGCUGAGUGGCCGCAAGCCCCAGGGCGGUGGAGGCUGGAGAGGCCGCCGCCGCCCCUCCUUCCGUGGGCGGCCAGGCGGGCGCGGCAGACCCUCCCAUACCUACACACAGCCGCUCUCCUCCAACUUUGUGGCCGGGGGAGCCCUGCUGUGAGCCACCCACCUCCCCCACCACCUCGACCACCACUCCCACACCUCCAGCAAGUGCAGGCAAAGUUAAGGCUGAGACAGCCAGCAUUUCCACUUUCUGAUGUGUCAGUAUUAUUUCUAUCAUUAUUAUGGUCUUAUUUGACAAACUUCUUCAACAAAAAUUGGAUUGAUACAUUUUGUUAUUUAAAAAAAGCAAAGCAUUUAACCUUUCCUUUCUUUAAACAAAUUAUCUACUGUAAGGAAAGUAUUGUUUUUGCUUGAUGCAGUAUGUUGUAGCUAUCUUUAAUAUUGAACAUGACAAACUUUUGGAUACAGCAAUUUAGUGUUCUCUCAGUUACUUCAUUGAGUGGAGGGUUUUCCUAGAUGUUGUGUUAUCAGUGAUCCUCUGAGCAUGUGCCAGAAAUGGGAUGCUGGUGGGGAUGACAACAGACGUGUUCAGCGUUGACCCUCGUUUGUCUUUCUCAGCUUGACAAGCACAGUUUGCCUCAGACUUGAUGGGUUGCAAAACCUCACCCAGUGUGAUUGAUGAUGUUUUUAUUCGUAGUUGUGUGUAGGCGUCGUAGAAACAGCGAGAGUCUGUCACUAGGCAAUCAAAAUGCCUGCUCUGCACCACGCUGCCCCUCAAAACAGGAUUGGGCCCGCCCAUUUCCUAUUGAUGGGUUUUGGACUUCUAGACCACUGACUUUUUUUAUAGGAUGGUGCAGUCUUCAUUAUUAUUUUUUUUUAUCAUUAUUAUUAUUAUUAUAGAUAUUAUUUGAAUCUCGCAUUAGCAUUGUUAUUAUUAUAUAUGUUUAUUAUUAUUCAUUUAUAGUUUUUUAUAGUCAAAUCUCAUGAAGUCCUGUAGCCCCUCACAAGUUCCUCAACUCAAGUGGCAUUCAUUACUAUCCGUGGACCAUACUGUCUCUCCUUUGCCCAGUCAUCAUCAUGACAAUUAGAAGUGUAUGGAAUGUUUACAGUGUAACUAGAAAUUAAUUGCACUAAACAGACACGAUUGGAAACUUUUGGGAGAGGCCCGUGUCCUGUAGUGCAAUGAUGCAGGCAGACCAUGAUAGUUUGGACUCACCUUGUCUGUAUAUUGGAUUUUCUCACUAAUCUCACCAGAAGAUAUUAUUUUCCAUACAAUUUUGUUUUGAUACAGCAAUUGCCAACUUUCAGUGCGACUUCCCUCUUAUUUGAUGUACUGCAGGAUCCUGCCUAAAGAAUCUGAUGGUAAAGUUGAGUCAUACACCAUAGCUGCACAGUGCACAUGGCCUUGUGUAGUGCAGCGACGGCCAGAUGAGUGAGCCUCCCAUAACCCAUUCAGCGAAUGGGGUACCUCUUUGGCCGACUCGGUAAGGAGUGGCUCUCCCGUCACGCUGGUCGCAGGUUCAAUCCCAGGCAGCCGAGGAAUACUCUCUCCUUGUUGUGAUUAAUUUCUCAUGUGUUUCGAUACACACAGAGGACGUGUGGGACCAAGAGAGUACUAGAAAAAGAGAAUCAAAAAUCUCGUCAUUAAACUUGGUGCUCAUCUCUGGCACAUUGGCCCUCACGCCCUGUGGUGGAAUAAAAACGCUACCCUAGAUUGCUGCUGUGGAACAGCUGGGUGAGCUGCAUGCCAACUACCCGGGCUGGGAUUCGAACCUGGGCCCACGAUAUUGUGGCUAGACACAUGAACCACUGCUCCAGGGAGGUGCGUUACAUUCAUUGGGUGCCUGAAAAAUACAAUUAUUAGCAAAAAUGAUAUUUGUAUGGUGUUGAAACACAUGUAAGAAGGUUAUGUGUUGCUGCUUCUCUGUGAAUUCUCCUAUUUCUGUCUUUUGUCUUAACAAUAUGAGUCAAAUUUCUAGUGAUAGAAAAAUCUUUCUUAACCAAUGCAGUUUUCUUCUUGGUCUCCUCAAAAUUCUUCUUGAUAAAUCAAACUGUAGACUCAUGACAGCUGAAUUUCCUGGCCACACCAGUCAUGAAAUGUAUCCCAGGGAUGCAGCUUCAGCCAGUGUAGCUCAGCUGUGCCAGUCACUCGUGCAAUGAUGUCAUCCAAGGUAUAUAUAAGAGCUGGGAUGCCCACAUCCCCAGUGAUGUUAUAUACCUGGACUUUCAGAAAGCCUUCAACAAGGUACCACACGAGCGACUCCUUAAGAAACUGCACUCAGCGGGCAUUGGAGCCAAUCUGAUCGCGUGGAUAAGAGAUUGGCUCACCGACAGAAAACAACGAGUACUACUCAACGGACAGCCUUCCGACUGGCUACCAGUCACUAGUGGAGUGCCUCAAGGGUCACUUCACUGCGUCAAGAGUAAACUGAACAUUGAGGUGCUUUCAUCUGCUCCUCAAUAUCGAGGUGCUUUCAUCUGCUCCUCAAUGUCGAGGUGCUUUCAUCUGCUCCCCAGGCCCCAAGUGGCUGUCGAGCAGAUUAAAUCACCAAAGUGGGCAACCUUGUAAUGAGCCAAUAGGUUUUCUGUUGCCUGCAUUUCCAUGUUUCCAUGCUAUGGUGAUGGGGGACUGCAGUGUUACUUAAACUUGGGACUUGGCUCAGGCAUUUUCCAUGAAUUCUCCAUUAGUCAAGAGGAUUCUGACAUUCUGUCAAUAAUUGGUAUUUAUUCUAACUUACUGAUAUUGUCAAAACAUUGUUGUUAAAGUCAUUAUUGGCAAGAGCCACCUUACUAGUGUUAUGGUGUCUCCUUACUUCUGAAAGUGGGGCUUUGAGUUUUGUUUUUGUAAGCCUCCAUCAUCAGCCCAGCUUAGUGACAGCACUCCACCCUCUGCUGCACAGGUGCCAGGCUGUACCCUCUGUUGCUCUGCCAGAGAGGGCCAUCUUUGGCACUGAGAGUCAUGUGUGCUGUAGGGUGCCAGUAAAGAGGAAGAAAACACUACCAGUGAAAUUAAGGAAAACUUUCCACUCCAUGUUUGGGGCACUUUUGUUUUCUGUUUUCACCUUGUGCUUCUGUCAGACAGCCUGGGAUGUGGAACUUGUUUCAUGUGCUGAAGGAGGCAGACCAAGGCAUAAAAACACUUGAUAAAAGGACCUACAAAAAUGCUGCGUCUUUGGAGAUUAAUAGAUCAUGCUGGAGAUUGCCCUUUUUUUAUUUAUUUAUUUUUUUAUAUAUAUAUAUUUAUUCUAUUUUAUUUUUUUUAAUUUUUUUUUAUUUAUUUUUAUUUUUUAUUUUUUUCAUUUUUUCCUCGCACUCUCCUGACAAGAAAUGGUGAGUCUCUUCCUGGCACCGGCGGCUGGUCAAGAAGCUGUGGGUGUGUGGGAGGUCUGUCUGUGGCUGUGCCGGCCAUCACUGUUGUUGGGGGCUGCAGCAGCACAGCCACCUUGCUUGUUCCCCAUUAUGCUUUCAUUUCUGGUCAAACAAAUUGAACUAACAUUUGCACCAGUUUCCCCUGCCCCCCUCCCUCCCUCCCGAGGCUGUGAUAUGUUUGAUGGAAGAAUAAAUUCACCCUCUAGUACAGUAGUAUCCAUAUAACUUGGCCUUAAAAGAAUUGUUCAUAAAAAUUGACAUUUACAAGAGUAUGUAUUUUAAUCACUUCAGUAUGCGUUGUUUGCAAGGAAAAGGUUAGUGAUGAGAUUGAAGACUGCCAAGCUAAAGGACACUCAAGGUGCUUAGUUCAGAAGGCUUAACUUUUUAAUGCUCUCAGUCAAUAGCCAAAACAAUCAGCUAUGUUUUAAUGCUUGGUUCUUCAAAAUUGUGUGGCUGGUUUCAAAGAUGUGGCAUUGUGAACAUUGUAAAACUGAAUGCCAUUUCAUCAGCUUUUUAUUUGUGGCAUUGAUCAACCUUUUGAAUGUGUCUCGUGGUUUUGGUGUUGGAGGAAGUAAAGAUUGGCUGCCCUGCCUGGAAUUAGGUCACCAUGUCACUGUUACAAAUGUACAAGUGAACUUUGGCUGGCAUGUGCUGCCUUGUCACACCUCUGUGCAUACCUUCCUGAAGAUCAGUGUAUGGGUGUUGCAAGCACAUUGAGAAAUUUGCCCAAGUCUCCUGCUGAGCCUUGUUUUCUCUUGUACACAAGUCUUGAUAUAGUCUGCCGGGCAGCUUGAUCCCCAAGCUUCACCCACGUCCAGUAGCCACCCUCAUGGCUGAAGGUUAUUUUGUUUUGUUUUUUAAGGGUUGCCUUAAUCAUGAAGAAAAUUACUUACAGGGCAUAUACUGGAAAGGGAUGACCCAACCAAUUAGCCCCAAGGCGGUAUUCUGUUUUUGGCAGCAUCUUGCGGCUGAGUUCUUGCUGCAUUGUGGGGUGGUGCAAGAUACGGAAAAGUGACCUUACAGUGGGUGAUUCGUAGGCCUAAAGUUGCGUGAGCUGAAUUAGCCAAUUUUUAAUUCAAAUUUUUUAAAACAUAAUAUUUUCAAAACCAUAAAAAUGCCAGGUUUUUCCUUUUACACUAAACACCUCAUAUGUUAGUGAGGCCUGAGCUGAAGUGGACGCUGCCCCAGAGGUGGAGGGGAGGGGCACAAGUUGGCUGGCGGUGGCUGUAACACUCAUGGCAGACUGUGGGUCGUGAAUCUUGCAGACCCAAUACUUAUGUCUUCAUAUCCAUGAGGUUCCCACAUGUACUCAUCAUUGCAGCUCUUUUAUGACAACAUUUAGUAGUUUAGCAUGGAGGAAAUCCAUCUGCACUAGCCAAGCGAGGAAUAACUAGUGCCAGGGAUUGGGAUGGCUUAGGCUGACAUGUGGUGCAAUAGACAGGCCAAAAGGCUAGACUUAGACUGGCUGCAGCUUAUGUUAGGGUAAUUCAGUCGUGCCUCAUUAAGUGUAUGGUUUUUUUUUUGGUUUUUUUUCCCCCCCCCCAUGUUAGUCAUUAAAAAUUUGCGUAAAGAAAUUAUCCUUUGCCAAAGCCAGUAGCAGGCUGCAGCAUAUCAGUGUCUCAGUUAAAGUACAUUGUGUGGCGAGCUGAUGCUGUUUGUUUGUUUUUUUCUUGUUUUUUCCAGUACAAACAUUACUUUAGUACAGUAAGUAGUCAUAGCGUUUGUUUGCAAUUAUUCUUAUCUGGUAUUGUCAUAUCAUGCAUUUUCUCCAGUACAGGUGGAAUGGUUUGUAGAUUGACAGUUUUGUCUUGUUUGCAUGAAGUGUUGAGUAUUUUGCCAGUAGAAAGGAAGUGGGAUUACCUUGCCUUGGUGGUGCUGGACAAGGAAAGGGACAUGUAAUUGUUUUAUCAUGAGAUGGGAACUAAACAGCAUGAUUCAGAGUAGGCUUCACCAGUGCUGUAUUCUGUGUUGCCGGAAGUUUUAGAAACAAUACUUUGUUGGCACAGUUCCUGGUGUGUGUGCAAUGGUUCCUGGAUGAAAGGACAGAACUUACCAACACGCUGAAGACCCCUCUAGAGACCCCAAGUCCAUGUUCAGUGGCUUCAUUAAUGGGAUUAUUUAUUACAACAGUAUGAUGAUGCAUUCAUCUGUUAGACUGCAUCAGCCACCUGAUAGAUCACUCACAGCUUAUAAAGUUCCCCUCAUAAGGCCUCAUUGUCCUGGUUCAGCCUCACAAGUUGACUUACCUUUGUUUCAUCAUCAGACUUAUUCAUGUCACUGGUUACAAAAAUCUAGCAAUAGACCACGUCAGUUAGUCCUCCACUGGUUCUUGCUUCAGGGACAAUAUGUUGAUGGCAGUUUUUACCCCAUUUAGUCCUAGGCAUGUCUCCUUUCCUAAAAUGUCACCCUAAAGCACACAAAUAAAAUAGCUGGAGUUAAAAGCUACCAGAAAAAGUAGGUUCGUUCAACAACACUACAUGGAUGAGUGUAUUCCUUGGGUUGUUAGUGUCUGACUCAGCCAAGACUGGUUCCACAUGACUCUGAUGUCUAGCACAUUCUCAUUUCUUACUAACUCUCCCUCAACCAAGACUGGACUGUGCACCCCGUGACAAGGGACCCACAAGUAAGGUAUAGGGACAACUUGAAGUAGGCUUAUAUCGGUGUCUUGUACAAGCAGUAGCUGCCUGGCUGAGGGUCAGCUUAGGAUUAAUGUUGUCAACACUACAACCAAGGCUGAACGAUGUACCCCAUAAAGAGGGGCCCACAAGUAGGUACAUGGACAACUUGGAAAUGUGUAUCUGUAUUCCUUUGUUCUCUUGUGUAAAUAGUAGGGGCACAGCCUCUGCACUGAUCACAAUUAUUGCCCGGGGCCACAGAAUGAGUGAUGGUCAUCGUGUUGCAGCACUCAAGUCUUUUCUUUACCGUGGCCAUAAUGCCCUGUGGACCUCAAUGUGAAAGAUGCUUCAUUUCAAGCUUAGUGUUAUCAUACCUAAAUUGUAAUACAAGUAUUCCUCAUUAGUAAUUAUUUGUUCAUUAAGUAUACUUAAUGAAACUGAUCUAGGUGUUUGGCAAUGUUCCGUUGUGCCCAUCAGGUGGAAGGGAAGCCUUCUCGGUACACUCUGGCCAGAAUAAAGAACAGGCCAGUGGAGUGAAUGGCCAGCAGGUUGAGCCGUGCUGAGUGUGUCAGGGGUCAGGGCUCCAGCAGGUUAAUGUUUGUAGCCUGAUCAGAUAAGAUUAUUGUUUAUGUUCCAAAGCUGUGUGUAUUGUAUCACAUAGUCACAUAGUGUUAAUUUUUCAUGUCAUUCUGCAAAAAUAAAUUCUUACAGCAAGA